AUGUGGAACGCGUUAGAUGUUCCUGACAGCCCCGCGGAACCAUUCACAGACUACAAUCGGUGGAGGCUGCUUGUGAACGAUGGGGGUCGCCAUACAUGGCAUUACCUCCGCACUGACGAGGAAGUUGAGCGGUGGCCGCAGAAUGAAGUCGACAGAUUCUGGCUAGGUCUCAAGACCAGUAUGCCGGACUUACCCCCUGCAAAAGAUGCUCUUGACGCUGCCCGGAACGGAUACAAGUUCUACAAACAUCUGCAAUCUCAUGAUGGGCACUGGGCAGGCGAAUACGGUGGCCCUAUGUUUAUUCUUCCUGGACUUGUCUUUGGAACGUACGUUACUGGAAUGAGCUUCAAGUUGGAGGAACGACUGGAGAUGGCUCGUUACAUCAUGAACCGCGCCCAUCCAGAAGAUGGCGGGUGGGGAAUGCACGUUGAAGGACAUUCAACUGUGUUUGGCACGGCUUUAAACUACGCGGCGCUUCGUAUUUUAGGGGUCGACAAAGACCACCCUGUUUGUGUUCGCGCUCGGGCAAAGUUGCACCAACUUGGUGGUGCGACGUCUAUCCCUGCUUGGGGAAAGUUUUGGCUUUCGAUUCUUAAUUGUUAUGAUUGGGCCGGAAAUAAUCCUGUUCCACCAGAGUUGUGGCUACUUCCUGACUGGGUUCCUUUCCAUCCCCACAAAUGGUGGAUCCACGUCCGUACUGUUUACGUGCCGAUGAGCUAUCUUUAUGGUGUCAAAUACAAAAUGGAAGAGAACGAUCUCAUCCUUUCACUCCGAGAGGAACUAUAUACACAAAACUACUAUACCAUUGAUUGGCCGGCUCAGCGGAACAAUGUUCAUGAAGUCGAUAUGUACGCCCCCCACACCGCUCUCUUUGACAUGAUCAACGUUGUUCUUUCCUCUUAUGAGAGCUGCAUCCUCCCACCCCUCCGUCGCGCAGGCUGUGAUGCCGCCUACCGUCUCAUUGUAAUGGAAGACGAAAACACUGGUUACCAAACUCUUGCCCCUAUAUCCAAGAUGUUCAACCUCAUCGCCCGCGCACAUGUUGAAGGCCCAGAAAGUACCGCAUAUAAAAUGCAUGCUAUCAGGAGGGCAGACUUCAUGUGGGUUGGCGCAGACGGAAUGAUGAUGACUGGUACGAAUGGAAGUCAGGUGUGGGAUACAGGAUUCAUUGCACAGGCAUUGGUGGAGACUGGGUUAGCGAAUGAAGAAGAGAAUAAGGAGAGCUUGAUUAAGGCGCUUGGAUGGAUUGAUCAAGCACAAAUUCAGCAUAACCCAAAACAUUACAAGGAAGCAUAUCGACAUAGGACGAAGGGCGCUUGGGGUUUCAGUACGACUGAACAGGGAUACUCUGUCAGCGAUUGUACGGGAGAGGGUCUGAAGGCAGCAUUGUACAUGCAGUUCAACCUUGACUUUACACCCAAACUAAUAUCAAAACAACGCCUUUGCGAUGCCGUUGAUAUGAUGCUCACUCUCCAGAAUCCAGAUGGUGGCUUCGCCAGCUAUGAGUUGAUUAGAGGUCCUGCAUGGUUGGAAUGGUUGAAUCCUGCAGAAGUCUUCGGUAAUAUUAUGAUCGAGUAUAACUACCCUGAAUGCACAACAUCCGUAAUCACAGCCCUCGCUAUCUUCCGCAAACACUUCCCAGAUUACCGAAAGGAUGAUAUUCAGCGGACUAUCGACGGUGCAAUCAUGUUUUUGCACAAGGCACAGACCCCCGAAGGCGGCUGGGUCGGCUCCUGGGGUAUCUGCUUCACAUACGCUUGCCAAUUCGCACUAGAGAGUUUGUCGCUCGUUGGAGAAACAUACGAAACUAGUGAAUACUCGCGUAAGGCUUGCGAGUUCUUGCUGAGCCAUCAAAGAGAAGACGGUGGGUGGGGCGAGAGCUACAAGUCAUGUGAAUCUAGUACUUGGGUGGAACACGAGAACACACAGAGUGUACAGACUUGUUGGGCCGUUCUAGCUCUCAUGUACGCCAAGUACCCUCACCCUGAGCCCAUUGAAAAGGCCGUCAAACUAGUUAUGUCGCGUCAGAAACCCGAUGGAUCGUGGCCGCAGGAAGCCAUCGAAGGUGUAUUUAACAAGACAUGCGCGAUUGCCUAUCCAAAUUUCAAGUUCUCUUUCGCUAUUUGGAUGCUGGGCAAGGCCCACUAUUAUUUGCAGGAUCUCAAAGCUAAGAAGCUAGCUAAUGCGAAAUUGAAUGGGGUCAAUGGCAACGGCAAGGCCAAUGGCCACCAUUACUAG